UAUGAUGAUUUCUCACAAAUACAAACUAUAAUAUGAUGUCGUAAGGUUAACUUACACUUAUAGUUUAACUUUAAACUUAAAGCCUUAAGUUAGGGGAAUUAACUAUUUAAUAAUCAGAUAUUUUUGUGUUUCUUAAUUUGGUUUGGGAAAGUGAGUUGCAACACUGACUAGCUUCUACAACAUCUAAACAAUGUUGGAGGAUGUCACAUCCAAAUUUGUAUAUAACAUCGUCCAAGCAUCAGUCUUUGAAACAACAAAUAGCCCAAACUCACCUAGCAUACUUGAAUCAAGAAGAAACACCUGAUAAACUAGAGAAAAGGAGAAAUCUUGAAACUGCAAUUGUAGAAUUUUUGUCCAUAGCACCUAAUCAUGAGAAGUUCACCUUUCCAGAGUUUGAGAAAGUUUUUCGCAACAGUGUGAUAGGAAACCCUAACUUUAGUGGCUAUAAGGCUGCCUUAGCUUUCCAGGCCUUGGAAAAAUAUGCCACUAAUUUGUUGAUCCAUCCAUGGAGACGAGAGUACAAAGUUAUUAAGUUAUUUAGUGGGUUCUACCGUCACUUAGUACAAAGGCAGUUGCCAGGUGCUGAGAUUUUUUUCUUGCUGAUGGGUUACAAUCAAGCAGAAGAUGGUGUUCUGUUUCAACAGGGACCAGUUGACCCAGAUCAACUUAGUCACAUUACCCUUGAUUGUUUGAUUGCUUUUGUUGAGUGCCAGAUCAUGGUCGAAGUUUAUGAAAGUCUGAGGAUGUCUGAAUGUACGUGGAAUGAGAUAUACAAGAUUAGAGAAAACUAUGUAGCUGGAGUUGCUGAGUGUGUUCGUAUCUUGCAGCAGUUAAAACUGGCCAGUCAAAGAAGUAGUAAGCAUCAUCAUCAGUUGUCUAGUUUGGAACAUGUGAGGAAAAGAGGCACUAAAAUGUGUGAUUCAGGGUCAUCCCCACAAACUGGAAUACUAGUAGACAUAGGCAACUCUCAGCCAUAUGAAAAACCUGAUACACCUUUAUCUAAAAGUAUUUCUUUGAAAACUCAUUCACGGUCAUGGUCAGAUGGGCCACAGAAUAACUUCUUGUAUGUUGAUGGACAUGUAGCAGGAAGUCCUGGAAGACAAACUUUGGGAAGCUUUAAUGACCAAAGUAUAAGUAACUUUUACCCAUGUGUAAGUCAAGCUACUCAAGUACAGCAAAACCCAGUCUGUGGCUAUUCUCAAAAUAUUUCUCAUGGGCAAAACCAUGAUUCUUGGGAUUUGCUUUCGACAUCUGGACACUGGAAUUCUGGCCCUGCAAUUUAUCCUUCUUCUCACUUUCCAGCUCUACAUCCUGGAGUUAGCUAUCCUUAUAGUCCUGUUCAUCAUUGUUCUUGCCAGAACUACCUCCCUACAGCCAUUCCUAGCCAUAGAUUGAUCCUAGAGAGACCAUUUUAUGAAGAUCUAGGACAGAAUGGACCCUCACAACUUAUACAAGGUCAAGAUCAACAUAAAAGUAUAUUUACAGCUGCUAAUACACCACAUAUGGUCAGUAGAUCAGGCUAUAUGUAUACUGACUAUGACAGAUCAGAGCUUCUAGAUUCAUUGAUGGAUCUGAGAGUUGAGCCACAAGGAAGUCAAGAAGUUCUCCAACUGAAUGACACUUCAGAUGUUCUUAUGCCUUAUAAAAAAGAUUCCCACAAUCCUGAAAAUCUUUCAGAUCAGAAAGUUGAUAAAUUGCGAGAUAAAGAUAAACAGACUGUUGAUGACAUGUCUGGCAAAACUAGCGAGAAAAUUGAGAAUUUACCUAAAGCUGAGAAUCAAACAUUACAACAAAUUGUUAGUAUUCAUGAUCAGAAUUAUGGUAAUGUGUCUAACCAAAAGAUUCCUAAGGAUAAUAGUUCUUGGAAUGGAGAAAACACAGUGUAUGAUAACAUUUCUAUGAGAGACAGUCAGAAAGUUGACUAUCCUUCAGGGAGAGAAGUCAAAAGAAGGGAAAUUAACAUAUCUGGUAGUAAUUCCUCUCAUGGUCAAGAUAGAUGUACAGAUCGACAGAAGAGAAACAGCUUAUAUGACAAUGUACAGCCAGAUAACCCUAUACAAGCUACUCCUAAAACUGGUGGGUUGGUGGUUCCAUCAGGAAUUAAAAUGGAAGAAAAUGAAAUGGUUUUGAAGAAAACAGGCAGUAACAAAGAAGCACCUAGUAAGACCAGAAAAUGGUCAUGUCAAGCUUGUACAUAUCUCAACCCAUCUGAAAAAGAUAUCUGUGAAAUCUGUAGCCGUAGCAAGUUUCGUGGGGCUGAAUCCACUCCUUUGGUAAGUGGAGGACGAGAAUGCCCUCUCUGCACUCUUGUGAAUGAAACAAAUGCAGAAUACUGUUCUGCUUGUGAUACUUACCUCGAAGAUUGUCCUACUUACAUUUAAAUUACUCCUACAGUUCAUUCUUGGCUUCAGUCAUCAGAGGUUUGUUUGGCUUCUUCCUACCUGUAACUGUAGUUAGUUUCUUUGUUAUAUUUUAGUGUUGUAGAUAUUACACUAGUAUUGUUUCUUCUGGACAUAUUGAAGUGUUACUGUAUAUGUUUAGUGUAUGUAUACAUGAAUCUCAUAAAGAAAUAAUUAUUGAAUUUCAUUAAAUCAAUAAGGAUCAGAUAUAAGAAUUGAACAUUUAUUGAAAUGUAGAGGCUAUUCACAACAACUUUGAGUGUAAUUUGAGAAUCAGUAUUAAUAUCAAUUUUUAAAUACUGAAAUAAAUACCUGAUUUUACUUGUGUAUUAUCUUUCAAAAAAUAAAGUGAAGGAGGUAAUAUUUUUCUAAGUCAAGUAGUGUUAAAAGGCACUUAUUAAACGAUAUUAUACAAACAAAACUGAGUAGGUUAAAAACUAAAAUUUCUUUCAGUUUAAUGUGUACCUUAUCAUGCAAGGAUUUGAAAACUGACACGUGGUUCUAUUUAUGAGGAAUUUAAAUUUCAAAUAUGUAAUUUGUGCCACAACAGAUGUGACUUAAUUCAGUCAAACUUUUGUUGCCUUAGGCAAACUUAAUAUUUAAACAACAUUGAUAAUAUGGUUAAGGAAUAUUCAAACAAUAAAUAUGUUGGUGUGUAAGCUAUAUAUCAGUAUGUAGACAACAAGUAUUUGUAUAUUGUGGUUAUAUAAUAGCCAGAUUAUAAUGUGUUAGUCUGGAGUAAGUACUAUACAAACUCUGUGUCAGUCUCUAGAUAAGUAAUAUUAAAAAACAAUAUCUGCUGAUCUCCAGGUAUAGUAUAAUCACAGUAAUCUGUGUCAGUCUGUGAAUAAAUACAAUCACAAUAAUCUGUGUUAGUUUGUAUAAGUAUCAUUCAAACCAUACAUGUCUCAACUUUUGAGUUACUUGUUAACAAGAAAUAAAUAAUUUUUCCAUCCUGAAA